CAAGGAAGGCGAUUUUGCCGACAGAACCUCCGUGGGCCGAGGAGGCCGAGUCGCCCAGCACCCGUGUUCGUUCCCGUCCGAUUGGCGGAGAUGUCACAGCUCAGUCCUUGCAAGCACCGUCGGAGCCUCUGGGCCACCUUCUGCCCACGCGGUGGUGGAAGCGGUGCGCGGCGCGCUGAGAUCCCACCGGUUGGCUCCCCCGCAGGCGCGCCGUGCCUGCUGUACUCCGCCUCGACGCGCGGCAGCAGGACCCUGAGGCGGCAGCGGGGCACCGAGCUCGCCGUGAGGGUGUCGUGCAGGAACGUCGCUGCCCUCGCCGGGCGGCACUUCCCAGGAGCGGUCCAGAGCAGUUGGCGCGAGGUGAUCAAGCAGAACUUCAGGCCAACGUACGAGAGUCUGGCCAGCGUCGACCGCAGGCUCCUCACGCCCGAGGACUCCCUGCGCGCAGAGAUGGAGGCGCUGGACCCUGCAGAGCGGGAGGCGCUGCGUUCGAUGCAGGCCGAGGCCGUCGCCUCCGCGGGGGCGCCCCUGGAGUGCAGUCCCAGCGAGGUGGCCCCCAGCCUGUCGAGGGCCGGAGCGGAUUCGGUGCUGAGGGAGAUCAGACUCCAGCGCGGCAUAGAUGAGCUCGGCCUCGGCACCGCGCAGGAGGCGGAGAGGCAGAGCGCCGCGGGCGUGCAGAGCAGGAUCGCGAGACUGGAGCGGAGCCUGCGGGAGGAGGAGGAGAGGCCUGUGCAGAGCGUCGUCGACGAGGUGGCCAGAAAGCGCACGCAGGAGCAGCUGCGGGCCGAGAUCGAGUCGCUGAGGAAGGAGAGGUCCCUGCUCUUGGCCGAGUUCCUCCCCGGCGGCGGGGGCUCCGAGAUCUCGAAGCCGUUCAUCUCGGGAACGGCGGCGUCUUCGAGUCGAUCGUCGCGCCCAACGUCGCCCUGAGAGGCAAGAUCGACGCGAUGAGGGCUGCCGAGGGCGAGCUUCACAUCAUCGAGCACAAGGCGCGCGUGCACAAGCUCUUCAACAAGGUGCGCGAGUACGAGAAGGUCCAGUGCCUGGGCUACAUCCUGAAGAGCAAACACGGGCAUAAACUGGGGUGGAAGAGGUGCCGACAGUUACCGCGCUGCUCGUCCUGGAGAGCUCUCGCCGCC